AGGGGAGGGGACCGCCGGCUUCCUCUCCGAGCAGGAGAUCCUCACCACGAUGGUCCGCGUGCUGGAGCCGGGAGGAGAGACGCUGAGCCCAGCCGCCGUGACCUCUUUAAUACACCUGUUCCAGGAACGUGUGCAGUGUCGCGGAGUGUCGUGUGGAAAGUGCGUCUCAGCGAGUGACGUAUUCGGCUUGGCCGGGAGGAGCAGCACUGAGGCUAACGCUGCGUUGACCUUGGAAGACCUUUCCCAUGUGUGGCCGGGGCUCCUGUACCUGCUGACGGACCCCCAGGGCGCCUGCAGGACUAUCGGGGCGGGCACAUGGCCGGAGGUCAGCAGGACCUUCCGAGCCAGCCUGGCCACCCAGCCCGGCAAGCAGCUCAGUCCCCGCUCGUGUCCUCUGGCAGCCGUGGUGCAGGAGGUGGAGAGGAACUACCUGGCGCAGGAUAAAGACCAGGACUGUGUGGACGUGAAGCAGAUUUUGGUGGAGAGCGGCCUGGGUUCGGGAGCUGUGACUGAACGUGACGUGGCUCACUUUUCCGCCGUCCUCCUGUACCACGUGCUGCAGGGCCACUGUCUGCUCCCUCAGUUGGCACCUGAGUACUUCCUGGAUUACAUCUUCCACGCUUUCCAGAACGAGUCAGAGAAUAUCACGGCAGCGGAUCUGGACGAGCUGAUGAGUCGCAUUGGCCUGGGCACGGGUGGGGCCCACGAGCAGCUCCUGUCAGUGAGAAGCCUGGAGCAGAGGAACCAAGUCCAAGACAACAGCAGCAUAUGGGACACAACGUGCUUCACCUCCAGUGAUCUGCUGGAGAUCUACCAGAUCCCCAUCAAUGGCACAAUCUCUCGCAGUCAAUUUGUUCAGCUGAGCCCUGCCUUGAUCCAGCAACUGCUGAGCGGGGCCUGCUCUCUGCGUCCAAGCCCAGAGCACCCAAAGGAUCAGCUAACCACAGCAGAAAAAUAUAUUUACGGCACUGUUGCGACACUGCUGGUGAGCCUGGCUGCCGUGUUCGGCAUUGUGAUCGUUGCCUUCACUACCUGCGGCAACGCGUAUCAAUACGUUAUCCAGCUCUUCAUCAGCCUGGCUGUAGGCUCACUGAGUGGUGACGCUGUGCUGCAUCUCAUCCCAUCGUUCCUGAAUCUCCACAGUGACGCGCCAGACAUGGAUCACAGCCACUCCGAGGACUCUAUCCACGUCUGGAAACUGCUCGCUGUUCUCGGAGGCAUCUACAUGUUCUUCGUGAUGGAGCGCGUGUUCGGCAUCCUGAUGGGAGACGGCGAGGAGGAAGAUGACGGGCAUCACUGUGACCACGUGCUGGCAAUCCAGUCAUUCAAGGACGAGCAGAACAAGCAUCAAACAAUGUCCCAGGUGGACCUGGUGACCUCAGAGAUGCCCCUGGAUUCUGAGAUUAAGCAACGCACGAGUAAAGAGCUGCGAUUGCUACCGUACAUGAUUGUUAUAGGUGACGGGAUCCACAAUUUUGCGGAUGGGUUGGCUAUAGGAGCCGCCUUCUCUAUGUCCUGGACUGGACUUGGUACAGCGACUGCAGUUUUCUGCCAUGAACUGCCUCACGAAAUGGGUGACUUUGCAGUCCUGCUGCACGCAGGUGUGUCUAUAAAGAGGGCCAUGCUGAUGAACCUUGGGAGUGCCAUGACCGCCUUCAUUGGCCUAUACAUCGCACUGGGAGUUGCCACGGAUCCUAUGGUUCAGCAAUGGAUAUUCACGGUCACUACAGGGCUCUUCCUGUACGUGGCCCUGGUAGAUAUGCUGCCUGAGAUGAUGCGAGCGAAAGACAGCAAUCCCUGGCUGUUGUUUUUUCUACAGAAUGUGGGCCUGGUGCUGGGCUGGGUCUUACUCCUGCUUCUCUCACUCUUUGAGGACCAGAUCCACAUCUGAAAGAACAAGGACCUCAUCCGAUCCUGGCAGCUCUGUCGCAAUUGUGUGUCAG